AAUUUAAAAAAAAUUUUUUUAAGCAAAAAUGAGUUUUAUUAAAUCUUUUUAUUUAACUUUUUUAUUAAUUUUUAUAUUUAAAUUAUUGCCUUCUUUUUAUUGUAAAGGAGUAUGUUCAAGUAUGGGAUUAAUUGAUGUUGGUGAUCCUGUUAAUGGAGGGUGUAGCAAUGGUGCUCAAUUAAUUAAUAAUCAUUGUUGUGGUAACUCCCCUUGUAUAAAAAAGGGAAUGGAAGAUACUGGACGACCUGGAAUGGAAGGUAAUUGUGAUGGAGGAGCUACAUAUGUAGAUGGACGUUGUUGUAAGAAGAAAGAACAAAAACAAGUUACAAGUAAACCAUUAAACGAAAUUGAAGUACGAACUUGAGAAAGAUAAAUUUUAUUUAAAAAAUUAUUUUUAAUUGGAAAAAAUUGUAAGAAAAUG